UGACCUGAGCUUGUUAAAACUUCGACGCAACUGGCUUCAGGACUUCGACGCAGUUGACCUGAAAGUUCCAACCCAGUAAACACUCCUCAGGACUUGACCCUGCUUUUUGUAAUUUCGAUGGCUUCUUCGUGUCAAGUGGUGCACUUAAUUAAAGACCAGGAAGGGGUCUCCUCUUUAGUGCUCUUGGAGUUGACCUGAGCUUGUUAAAACUUCGACGCAACUGGCUUCGUUAUUCUGACUGGGAAUUUUCUCGCGAAAGUUGCCCAGAAGAAAACUCACGAUCACGUUUCCAUCAGAAUUGGCUGCUUCAAUAUUCACUCAUUCUCUAGCAGCUAUCUCGCUGAUGGAAUCCAUUUUCUUAGUUAUGAUCUUCUUAUCCUCCAUUUUUAUAGCUACCGAAGCUUAUAGGUCUAAUUCCAGAACUUUACAGUGCAGCCAUGGAGGUCCUGAAAUUCAAUUUCCUUUCUGGGUGAAAUUUCGACAACCCCACGACUGCAACUCUUCUGGGUUUGAGCUGAUUUGUACAGAAAACGCCACCGCAAUUCGCUUCCCGUCCUACGGGGACUUGGUGGUGAAAUCCAUUCUUUACAACACUAGGAAGCUCAAUCUCAUUGACCCUAAAAAUUGUGUCCAUGAAGUCUUUCUCAAUCUCAACCUCUCCCUCACGCCCUUCCGCUACUAUUAUUCUGUUAGGAACUACACUUACCUCAACUGCUCGGCACCUCUUUCGAAUCCUGUCACAGAAAUUCCAUGCUUGAGUGGCGUCGGGUUUCACGUUUAUACCGUCAAAUCUUCUCUUCCCGUGCCGGCAUCUUGCAAAAAGAUUAAAACAGUUGCAAUUCCAUUUUCUUAUAGUCCUUAUAUAUCUGAUAACACCUUUGGUCUAGGGUUGACAUGGGACCAGCCGGGUUUUGAAGGCUUCACCUCAAACGGUCACCGACAUAUCUUAUCUAUUGACAGAGGAAAUAGCAAAGUUCUAAGCAUCGGAAUCAUUGUUGUCGGACUUGUUGCCCUGGUAAGUAUUAAAAUAUAUCGGUCUAGAGAGCUGCAGAAGCUGAAAAAGGAUCAGGAGCUUGAAGCCCACAUAUUAUUAGCAGACUCUUAAAGCUCGAAAAUCUGAAGCAACAAUUGAUUGCUGGUAUUUGAUACUUAAAUCAUGUAAAAAUAAAUUUGUGAUGAAGAGCCAUCUCAUAACCAUCAGCCAGAGAUUCAGAAAAGUGUACUCUCCGACUGUAUUUGAUUUUCAUAAAAGUGUACUCUUCUACUGU